ACCGAUUCGCUGAAAUGAAUCACUUACUUCCUAGCACCGUUGACGGAAGUGACGCAGUCCUUGCGCGACGUGAGACGUUAGCCGCGCUUUAUCCGGGAAAAUUCAAACGAAUAUUUAUGGUGAACGAGUCGGGGGUUUUUUUUCAGUAAAGGAUUUUGCUGAGAACAUGGAUCACAACGGGGUUGUAAACCGUUAGACUGACUUUCCUCCACAAUGUAUCAUCCACUAAAAGACUAUUUCAUACCACCUGAAGUCCCUAAGGCUGGUGACAUGAUCACACCAGUCAAAACCAUACCUACAACAGCUCACAAUUGGGCAGCUGGGUCAGGCAGAAAGAUUUCAAACCGAGACAUGUUGGUGAUGAACUCCACUGCACAGAGUGCUGAAGAAAAUAGCCCAAAUAUCCACUGUGAGCUCAGCAGCAUCAAUGCCACGGCAGAGGUGACCCCUCAAGACAAAGCUGACCUGAUGCUGAAGAGGUGCACUGAGACACCAGCAAAGAUCUUUGCGAGAAUGAAGGCAAAAGUUCAGAGACAAAAUUCUGCAGGGCAUGGGGCAGCCUCUGAUCAUGUAAGAAACCAGGAGAUCUGUGGUGGUAUCCCCUCGAACCAGUACUCACAAAAGAGUAACGCCAACCAGGAGACAUAUGUGUUAGCCCUCUCACCUCCAAAGUCACCAAGUGGAGAUGCACAGGCUGGUGAAAUAGACUUGCCACAAGAAAGUCAUUCCAUCAAUGUUCAUAAAGUGCCUGGACGACAAAAUGAAACUUUUAAUACUGAGUCACAGUCAUUUAUUGAGCCAUGUGUUUUACUGGAGAAGAUGCCUAUGGAGAUGUUCUCAGAGAUGAAAGCAAGGCGAAAGCAAAUACCGGAGAAUCUUUAUAACAGAAACAGACAGCCUUGUGUGUUGUUGGGCAAGGUAGUUCCUGAUGAGACAUUAGCCCAGCUUCAGCAGAAACCCAUCAAUUAUCUAAGUGGAAAUAGAGGUGGUUGUGUUGUAUUUGGUGAGAGGAGCAUUUCUGUAGAAAAAGACACUGAGGAAGACCUCCAAAAUGACAUGUCUAGUAGUCCUGAGUCUGGUCCAUUUGGUCAGUCGGAGUGCACAGAAGUGGACCAUGGACUUCCUCAGCCCUCUCAUAAUCUUCUGGAAGAUCCUCUCCUGCAGCUUUCUCCCCGCGUCUUGAUCCCACGAAAGCAGGUGUCUGUGUUUCAGUCAAAACAACAAGCUAGAAAAGCGGCCAUGGUGCUAGAUGAAGGAACCAAUGUGAGGGGGAUUCAUUUAAAAGACUGGGUUUUGAAACUGCUCAACAAAGACCUUGUGGUUGAUGGUAUUCGAAUAGACACUAUGAUACCGUGGCACAGCAGUUUCAUCAUUGAAAGAGUCUCGAGUAAUGUGCUCAAGACCUCAUCUGGUAGAACCUAUGUCCUCAUUGGGAAAAUGGCCAAACAUCCCAGUUCAUCGUUUCCAUCAUGGUUUUUGAAGAAGUUUCUGUUUGGGUUUCCAAAAAUGUGGAAAGAGUACCUGGAUCAGUUUUUGAGUGGUCAUAUGGGAACACAGAAAAGUCAGAAGGACAACAGCAGUGUGAAACCUCCCAAAGCAAGAAAUCAACAGGCUUCUAAAAACUCAACAUCCAAACAUCCCAAGAUUCAAGGCGUUAUAACCUCUCCCAUCACACCUUGUGACAGCAGUCAGCCGGGCAGUGCAAAAGUUUCCCGCAGUGGCAGACUCAUCAAACCGCCAUUAGAAUACUGGAAAGGAGGGAGGAUUGUUAUGGACUCUGACAUGAAUGUCACUAUCCAUGAAGACUACUCUACCUCACUGCUGUCUACGCCAAAGAAGCCAGUAACUCUGGCAACAUCACAAAUCACAGAGCAACAAUCACUCAGGCCUGAAACUCGGGGAAGAGGGAGGCGUAACACAUCUAGCAGUGAAGAUGAAUUGUCAGUGCCAAUGAGGAGGAUCAAACAGCAUUCCAAACCCCAAAGCGAUCAAAUAGAGAGCACCACACUGAAUAAACCUACAAGAACUCAGAAAGGACCCCCAGUUGUGGCCUCCAGCUCUAAUUCGGGUCAUGCAGUGAAACAAAAAGCUAGUCAACCUCAAAGAGCCUCUCUGAGAAAACAACAGUUCGGAGGAGAGGAUGCCGUUGUGGGUUCUGGGGCAGAAAUGCCAAAAGUUGAUGCAGUGAAUGCUAAUUUCUCACUUGGAGAUGGAGGAAUGUCAUAUGAUGAACAAGAAACUGGCAUUGAGAAUGAUUCAAAGCGCAACAGAAAGACCUCCCAAAAACAAAUUCAGGAUGAACCGCACUCCAUGCCACUCGAUAACAGUUCCUUACGCCGAAGCUCUCGCUUAAACUCCAGAGCCCAAUAUUCUACAGACUCAAACAGCUCAUUUGCAUCUCCAGACCCUCCAAAAAGGCAAAGAGGAAAAGGGUCCACAGACCAUAAACAGCUAACAAAACCUCAUAAGAUUGAGACCUCUGUGCCGCAAGACUCUACCAGUCAUAAGGAACAAAAUGAACAAGGUUCACGUAGACCAAAAAAGGUCUUGCAGAGAAAUUCAGAUGAUGUUUUGGCAGGAGAUUCUAUUGAUUUUCCCACAGAUGAUGAUGAAUAUAAAGAGAGACAACAACACGACAAGAAGGCCACGUUAUUGUUGAAGAGGACAAGACAAAGGAAAGGUAGAUCUGAACUUAAAAUUAAUGGACACCUGGUUUCCUCAGAGGACAUGCAUUCUGAGCACUCAGAGGUUGAGGAAAGUGUUCAACAUGCUGCUUCUAAUAACAGAAGAUCAAAGAAAUCUGAAACGGGAAAAGCAAACACUAGAAGCAAAAAGCCACAAACAGAAAACAGCAAUACAAAUAAACAAGAUGAGCUGUUGGAUGGAAAAUGGACUGAAGAAGAGCUACAAAAACUACACGAGGCAGUCAACUCCUUACCCAAGCACAAGAGCGGUUACUGGGCAAACGUUGCAUAUGUUGUUGGAACUCGUUCGGCUCAAGAGUGUCAGGAACAGUAUAAUGCCCAUCAGAAGACCAACAAAAGACCCAGAAAAAAAGCAUCAAAGAAACCGGCCGCAACUGAGGAGCCAGGAAAGGAAAUAGUUGAAAUAACUGCUAAAGCUGGAACUCUUAAAAGGAGACAGCAGAUGAGGCAUUUCUUGGACCACAUGCCUAAAGAUGACCAUGAUGAUGUGUUUGCCAGCUCACCAAUGCACAAUAAGCAAAUCAAGUUGCCUGUGUUCGCUGCAAAUGGAGAGGAUGAGGAUUUCAGCCAGCUCCAGAACCCUCAGACGCCGAGUUCUAGCCUCUCUACUUCUGCCAAAACCCCUCAGUGUCUGCACAUCAGCCCAGGAAUGCUGGGAUCCAUCAAUAAGAAUAACAUGGACAAGUACAUUUUCCAUCUUCAGAAGAAACAAAAAGGGCUGAAACGGGGCAAAAAGGCUACACCAGUGGAGAAGCUUACACCAACUCCAGCAGUCAAGAAGACCCUAAAGAGAUGUGUUGCUGAAGAUGAUGACUUUGUGGUGUGGAAUAUGCUGUCAGAUAAGGAUAUCCCAUCCAGAGCUGAUGACAGCGAUGAGGAGGAUGAUUAUUUUAUGGAAUACUGUUGAGUUUCACUAUCAGUGUUUAGCAUUUGUAAAAAUGAUCUUAAAUGAGCUAGUUUCAGUGCUGUUAAUCACAUUAUUUUACAAUAUUUUAGCUUCUACUUGGAAACCGGUUGUUUUUAAGUGCGUUUUGGUUUGUCAGACACCAAGGCUCAUGUUUGCUAGCUCUUCAUAGCUUAUAAAACAUGCCUGUGCCUUGUUUUUGGCCAGUUCAGAGCUUAUCAAUGGAUUGUAUAUUUUUAUAUUGGAAUUCAUAAUCUGCAGAUGUUAUACCAUCAAACUCUAAUGAAAGAAGAUAAAUAUCUCAGUGUAAAGAAGUGCAAAAGAAACAAGUUGUUCGAAUUAUUCCUCACUGAAAAUACAACAUUUUAGAUUCUUUUAUUUGAUUGUAUUGUAUAGUAAAUAAAUAUAAGCAAAUACAAUGUAUGAACAAAUAAAAUGGUUCAAGUUUAA